AUGCCUAAAACACGUAAAGAAUUAUUUUGUGAAGUUUUUGGUUUACCUACUGAUUUGCUAGGAAAUGUCCUUCCUACAAACUCUGACGUAAUGAAGUGUUAUUUGUGGAAUAGGAAUUUGCUAAAAGAAACUGUUCGUGGACUUUAUUUCGACGGGAGAAAAGAUAAAACAAUUCAACAAGAUAAAAAAGGCACAAAAUAUUACAGAAGCACUGUAACAGAAGAGCAUGUUGUCUUACUUUCCGAACCUGGUUCACUUUUCUUAGGUCAUGUGUCACCAAUGUCAGGAAGUGCUAAAAAUAUAACACUAAGUAUAAAAACAUUUUUAAAAGAUGCUGAUUCAAAUAUUAAUGAGUUGAAAGCUAUUGGGUGCGAUGGCACGGUUAUAAAUACAGGGUUAACUAAUGGUGUUAUAAGGCAACUAGAAUUGUUCAUAGGUCGUCCAUUACAAUGGCACAUUUGCUUGCUGCACACCAAUGAAUUGCCUCUUCGCCAUUUAAUUCAAUUCCUAGAUGGAAAAACAAGCAAUCCAAGAUGCUUCUCUGGUGAAAUUGGAAAAAUGUUGGAAAACUGUGAAAAACUUUCUAUUGCUGCUUUUGAACCUAUUGAAACUGAAUUACCCUCAAUUCAUCAAAAUGAUUUGAGCACCGACCAAACUUACCUUUUUGAUAUACGUAAUAGAAUUAUGAAAGGAGAUAUACCGCUAUCUUUGUCUCUCCGUAAUCCUGGAAAAAUGUCACAUUCGCGCUGGAUAACAACUGCUAACCGUAUUCUUAGAUUAUAUGUUGCUGUUCAAAAUCCGUCAACGGCAUUAAAAGUGUUAGCUCAGUAUGUGAUGAAGGUAUAUCCUCCUAGUUGGUUUGAAAUAAAGCUGAAACCUACCAAUAAAACAGGAUCAAAUCAUUUUUUGGGAAUUAUUAAAAAGUGUCGUUAUUUACCUGAAGAGUUAAAAAAUUUAUUAAAUCCGGUUUUACAAAGAAAUGCUUAUUUUGCUCACCCGGAAAAUAUUCUGUUAUCGAUGUUGGCUGAUGAACAAAAGCACAUAAGGGAAUUAGCUUUAAGGCGGAUAUUAAAAUGCAGAGCUAAUGAUGCCACUCUAAAUACUGUUCGAGUCUUCAAAGUUCCAAAGCUAAACUUUGAUGCGAUCAACUAUUACGACAUGAUCGAUUGGCAUGCAACCGAGAUCACAGAGCCACCCCUUACAAAAGAUAUCACAACUGAAGCUUUAGAACAGAUGAUAAUGGAUAUUCCUAAUAACAUUGAAUUUUUGAAGUUGCCUUGCCAUACUCAGGCAGUAGAAAGAAUGAUAAAAUUAGUUACAGAAGCGUCACUUUCAGUUUGUGGAGAAAAAGCAAGAGAUGGCUUUAUUCGUACUAAACUUGCAUCUCAAAAUGAUAUACCAAAAUUUGAAACUAAAAAACACUUCAUUAUUUAA